AUGAUUCUUCUAAAGAAUGUACAAAAGGUUCACAAGAUCUGUCGACCAGAGGUCAAGGCACAACUGGAGAUGAUGUUGACAGCAGCAGGGUAUAAGGGCUGGGAUGUCGGUGUCUCAUUCUCGGGGAAUCGCACCGUCAAAAAUCUCAACAACCAGUACCGUGGCAAGAACAAGUCUACAGACAUCCUUUCCUUCCGCUUCGCCGAGCUUCCAGAACCACUGUCCGAGGACGACAAGAACCUGGGGGAUUUAUUCAUCUCGAUGAAAUAUGUCGAGAAAUGGUGUCAGGAACACAAUGUCGCCAUUGAAGAUCGUCUUCCCGUCCUCUACGCUCACGGGAUCUGUCAUUUGCUCGGAUACGAUCAUCAACACGAUAAAGACUAUGCUCAGAUGAAGAGGAAAGAGAAGAGAAUUUUGAUGAAGGUGAAAGAAUGGCAGAGUGCUUUGGAGUUAAAGUCAUAG